AUGGCGGGGACCCGGGACACUCUGGGGGCUCUGAGCUAUUGUCCAGCCCGCGCCCGAGCCCAGGACCUGGGUGCCGGGAACUUUGGAGGGAAGGGGGGAGACGCUCUCCGGGAAGCCCCGCCCACCCCACCCCACCCCCCCGCGACCCGGAGGCUGGGAAGCCCGGAGUGUCCCGGGUGCCCGGGCCUGGCCCCGCCGUGUGCUGGGGUGUGCGCCCGGAGCCGCGGGCUUGGAGGGCCUGCCGCCGGGGACUCGUAUCCGGGGCGCCCUUUGGACUCCGAGAGCCCGCGGGCCCCGGGCUCCACGCAGGCCUUGGCCAGGGCGCGCCAGUGUGCGCGCUGCUCGCGGCUGCGCUGGGACCCGGCCUGGGUGAUCUGGAAGCCACAGUGCUCAGGCCAUCCAGGGGGCUCAGGCCCAGAGCCCAGAGCAACCAGCACAAUAGCGUCCAACAGCUGGACCGCCAACAGCAGCCCCGGGGAGGCCCGGGAAGAUGGGUCCGAAGGCCUGGACAAGGGGCUGGACAACGAUGCCGAGGGGGUGUGGAGUCCGGACAUCGAGCAGAGCUUUCAGGAGGCCCUGGCCAUCUACCCGCCUUGCGGCCGGCGCAAGAUCAUCCUGUCAGAUGAGGGCAAGAUGUACGGUCGAAAUGAGCUGAUUGCCCGCUACAUCAAGCUGAGGACUGGAAAAACCAGGACGAGAAAACAGGUGUCCAGCCACAUACAGGUUCUAGCUCGGAAGAAGGUUCGGGAAUACCAGGUUGGCAUUAAGGCUAUGAACCUGGACCAGGUCUCCAAGGACAAAGCUCUCCAGAGCAUGGCGUCCAUGUCGUCUGCCCAAAUCGUUUCUGCCAGCGUCCUGCAGAACAAGUUCAGCCCACCUUCCCCGCUACCCCAGGCUGUCUUCUCAACCUCCUCAAGGUUCUGGAGCAGCCCCCCUCUGCUAGGACAACAGCCUGGACCUUCUCAGGACAUCAAGCCCUUCGCUCAGCCUGCCUACCCCAUCCAGCCUCCCCUGCCUCCAACGCUCAACAGUUAUGAGUCCCUGGCCCCGCUGCCCCCAGCCACUGCCUCUGCCUCCUCUGUGCCCGCGUGGCAGGACCGCACCAUCGCCUCCUCCCGGCUACGCCUCCUGGAGUAUUCUGCCUUCAUGGAGGUGCAACGGGACCCUGAUACGUACAGCAAACACCUGUUUGUACACAUCGGCCAGACAAACCCUGCCUUCUCAGACCCACCCCUGGAGGCGGUGGAUGUGCGUCAGAUCUACGACAAGUUCCCGGAGAAGAAGGGAGGCCUGAAGGAACUCUACGAGAAAGGUCCCCCGAACGCCUUCUUCCUUGUCAAGUUUUGGGCUGACCUCAACAGCACAAUCCAGGAAGGCCCUGGGGCCUUCUAUGGCGUCAGUUCACAAUACAGCUCAGCUGACAGCAUGACCAUCAGUGUCUCCACCAAGGUGUGCUCCUUUGGCAAGCAGGUGGUAGAGAAAGUAGAGACAGAGUACGCCCGCCUGGAGAAUGGCCGCUUCGUGUACCGCAUCCACCGCUCGCCCAUGUGCGAGUACAUGAUCAACUUUAUCCACAAGCUGAAGCAUCUGCCUGAGAAGUACAUGAUGAACAGCGUGCUGGAGAACUUCACCAUCCUGCAGGUGGUCACAAGUCGGGACUCACAGGAGACCCUGCUGGUCAUUGCUUUUGUCUUUGAAGUCUCCACCAGCGAGCAUGGGGCACAGCACCAUGUCUACAAGCUUGUGAAAGACUAGCAUGCUCUUGCUGUCCACAGGAUGGAUGCAAGACGGACAUCCUCCACACGUCUGCCUGGUCUCCUGGGGUGUGGGUUGGGGGACUUACCCACACAUGGGUUUCAGGCUGGGACCCAGGCCGCCUCUCUGGCUCCAGCACACAUGCUCCCCGCCACUGUUCUGCGCUUUACUGGAGAGAAGAGGGCUCCGUGGUGAGGUGGCUUGUCUGGGCCCUGAGCCACAGAUGACCAGGCUCCACCUGGCCUCAAGUGACAUCAGGAUUGUACUAUGGAGGACACCUUGGGGCUUAGUGUAUGGUUGCUGGCCCCUAGGGGAAUGUACUGGCAGAUGGAGGGUAGCAUGAGACUGGGGAGAAGCAGCUUGUAAGGAGGCCCUGGUACAAGGUGUCCAGUUGGGGGACAGGUUGAGAAGGGCCCACACUUCUCUGUACCUUCUGGCUACAAGCCUGUUCCCAGGCCCCUUACACAGCAAGUUUGGGUCUCCCAUACCAGUGCCAAGAUGGAGGCCCACAGAAGCAGACAUAGCCGGAGCCUAGGUUCAGCUACCUCCCUAGCACAGAGCUGGGUACAGGGGCGGGGAAGGGGCUGUGCUGUAGGAUGGCACAACUGGGCUGAAGCCUAGACAGGGCUCUACUUCCUGUUCUCCCAGCAUACAUACCAGCCACUAGGCACCCCUCCCAUGUCCUGAAGACAGGUGGCAGGAACAGGAGGCUGCCCCUGCCUUCUCCACAUCCAGGUCCCAAGGCUAUCUGGGUAUUUAUGAGUUUCAAAUGAAGUACUGUGCACCACCCCCCUCAUCCAGCCGGAGCUUCCAGGUCUUCACCAAUGCAUACUGCUCAGGCCACCUCCGAACCCCACCUAGGUUUUAUAACAUGUAUUAUAUAUAUAUUUUUGUGUAUUUUUAAAAUCCAGCUGUGAUGGGCUAUAUCAUAAAUGGCUCAAGGCAGGGGGCCACUCAAGGCUUGACUCCUGCUUUAAAAAAUUAAAAAGAUGUUUCUGGGUCAGGACA